AACCACUUCAUGCGCAUUAUGUCUUCUCUAUCAUUUGAUCCUUUUGCCAGCUCCAUCUCUCUCUCUCUCUCUCUCUCUCUCUCUCUCUCUCUCUAAAACGAGUCUGCAACUUUAUCUCUCUAGAAAUCAGAAAAAAACGAUGUCGUCCGAUGACGAAGGAGGAGAGGAGUAUCUCUUCAAGAUAGUGAUCAUCGGCGACUCUGCCGUCGGGAAAUCGAACCUUCUCUCUCGCUACGCUCGUAACGAGUUCAACGCUCAUUCGAAAGCCACGAUCGGCGUCGAGUUCCAAACGCAGAACAUGGAGAUCGAAGGCAAAGAGGUUAAAGCUCAGAUUUGGGAUACUGCUGGUCAGGAACGGUUCCGUGCCGUCACUUCCGCUUAUUAUCGCGGCGCCGUCGGAGCUCUCGUCGUUUACGAUAUUAGCCGUCGAUCCACGUUUGAGAGUGUUGGUCGUUGGCUUGAUGAGCUUAAGACACAUUCGGAUACAACGGUUGCGAGGAUGCUGGUGGGAAACAAAUGCGAUCUAGAAAGCAUAAGAGCGGUGAGCGUGGAAGAAGGCAAAGCAUUAGCGGAAACGGAAGGACUAUUCUUCAUGGAAACAUCAGCUCUCGAUUCAACAAACGUUAAAACAGCUUUUGAAAUGGUAAUCCGCGACAUUUACACCAAUGUUAGCCGGAAACAACUCAACUCCGACACUUACAAAACCGAACUAAGCAUGAAGAACCGAGUAAGUCUCGUUAAGGAUGAUAACAAAGGCUCCACACAAGGCUUUGGUUUCUCUUGCUGUUCUUCUUCGUGACCAAAUUAUUUUUCUUUUGCUUCGUUACUCUAUAAAUUUUCACAAGAUUUUUGUCUUUUGAAUUUUUUUUAACCAUAGAAAAAAAGAAAGAAAAGCGAAGAUCAUAUAGAAUUCAUAAGUUGUAAUGUUUCUUUCUUUUAUGUGUGGAUCGUAUAGUAAACACUUUAUACGAGAA